GAUUCCUUUACUCAAAGGUUGUGUAAUGUGUCGCAACUUUGAAUGGGUUCGGCCAAAUCGUUUUAGGGCUACCUGGUUAUUCUGAUUUAUGAGUGAUAAAUUACUUCGUCUUGAAGACCCUUUGCGAAAUAAUUCCUCUGUAUCAAAUUGUAGUGAUGGAAGUAUUCUAAAUGGUGAUGCUCCACUAAGUCAGAACCCUCUAUAUAUAUCACGGAAUUAUUCUAACGGUCAUGCUACAGGAUCUGAGAUAUUGGAAGAUUGUGAUCGCGAUUUCUCCACGAAACCGGUAGUGACAAGGCCUACACUUGGUGAUAAGCGGAACAGCACUGCUACGGGGAGCAGUAGUAGUGGAAUCGGUACGAUGCCUGGUGGAUCUAAUCGUUCUGGGUCUAACGUUCCCAGUUUAAACUCAUAUGAAAAAGAUAAGCUGUCGCAGUCUUCCCGUGACAGAGAAAGACAGUCGAAAAUAUCAGUCGUCAGUCAAGACCAUUCUAAUGAUAAUCAAAAUAAAUCUAGAGAUAUAUACCGCACCCAUCUCACUGAUUCACAGUUAAUGAGACGCAAAACGUACGGGAAUUCACGUACUGGUAGUCCUUCAGUGAGCACAGAUACUAACUCCGAAGCCCAUGUUCUCAAUGACAAUUCUUCUAAUGAUCAGUCUGCCUUAUCAAGAUCUAGAAAACGUGCAAGGAGUGAAGUCCCUAGAAUGGGAUCUUCUGGUUCAAAUAAUCUGUCAUCAAACCCUCUGCUUAGAUCUGUUAAUGAUGAUCAGGAAGACAGUGAAGAUGACGAAAGAGUUGCAUUAAAUAAAGGUAACUCACGUUCAGAUAUUGAAGAAGAUGGAUUUCAUACUGGAAAUGAUUUUGAUGUAGCGCUACGAGGUAGGCAACGCCGUCAAACAUUUCAGUUGAACAGCCGGCAAAGAGAUUCAUCUUUAGGAGGAUAUGCACGUUCGGCUGCCUACGGAUCAACAGGUGGAACUCUGCCUCGUCGUCAACGUAUGACAGGUAGUUUAACCCGUGCUACGACAAUUAGUGGUGUUGAUCCACAUGGAACUCUAAGAUCUGCGUGCAGACUUGCUCAGUCUAUUCGUACUGGUGUUAUUCCACCUCCACCAUCUGAACCACCUCCUGCUACACCACUGUCAGGCUCUUUAAUGUCUGAGUUGGAGUCUAUCGGCCCGAAUACAGUAACCGGUUUACUAAAUCCCUUUGCACUACAAUUACACAAUUCCCAACAACAGCAGCAGCAAGCUUUGGCAGCUGCAGUGGCAGCCGCUAGUGGAUUUUCACAAGUAAUACCAAAUGUCAAUCAAAGUAAUCUAACCAAUACAUACAUGCUCAAUCCUGCACUACUUAAUGCCGAGACAAAUAAAUUACUCCAGUUGCAACAGGCAAAAUUAUUAGCUCAGCAUCAAGUUGGUUUGGUUGAACAACAGCUACGUCAACAACAGCAGCAGCAACAACAACAACAGCAACAGCAAUUCCUAGCUGCUGCUGCCGCUGCCAGUAGUCUAAUGCAACAACAAUCUAUGAAUGGUCACAAUGUGGCGAAUGCAUCGUAUAUCCAAGGUUUUGGUACCUAUGGACGUACGUCUCGACCUGGAUCCGCGAUACCACCUUCUAUGCAGGCAUAUUUAUCACCCGCGAAUCUAUUAUCUGCUCAACAGCAGCAACAGCAACAACAACACUUGGAACAAAAUCAAUUAUUGUUGACCAGUGAUCAAAAUGUACAAAUGUCCACAUUUAAUUUUACCGGUUCUCCAUCAGUAAAUUUAAAUUUAAACUCAGAACAAAAUGAAGUGAGUGCCAGCAAAUCGCCUUCAGAAUGUGGUGCCAAUGGUGGUGGUGGUGGCUCAGGUUCGGUGGUUUACGAAAAUUCCUACAGUUCAUUCAAUAAGUAAGUCCCGCCCUUUUUCUAUUGUCCUACUUCACUCUUAACUAUCUGUGAUAGAAUUAUAAUUUUUUGAGAAUAUCUGCAUACAAGCAUGAAACUUUUGCAUGAAAACAAAUAUCACCCCACUAGUGGUAUAUUUGUUCCACACGGGGGAGUUGUUAUUCAUAGUCCUUUUUUUACUUUCAUACGUAAAAUGGGAUUAGAAGUCAAAUUGUUGUUGAUAUGACAGAUUCCAUAUCCAUUUCUGUGUUAAAACCACAGCUUCUUUUAGAGGAGAAUGUUGAUUGACCGAAAUCUAGGUUGCUUGAAAAACAACUAUGUCAGUUAAUUUAUUCAUUAUGACAGUGAAUGAUGUCAGUACUCUGUGUGUUUCUCGACUGUGGUGUUUUGGUUGGAUUUCUUUCACUAUCUAAGUGAUUGUUUGUCUACAUGAUAGCCUGCGGAUUUGUUAGGGAUGCUUUUCCCUUCCUUUAUCUGAUUUCCCCAUGUUUGCAGCGGAAAUAAAGUUGCUUUUGUUUUAAGGUCAUUCACUCCAUCAGAAAUAUCAAUGGUCCUAUGAAAUGAUAUAAUUGAUAUUGACAAACUGUAACCAUCAUUGUGUGGGUGUAUUAUAGCGAUCUGUUCAACCAUCAACCAUAGACCAAAUUUUCGUUUCUGACUUCAUUUUAAACCUUUCAAGAUAUAAUGAAAUGCUGUAAAAGUGUAGAGUGAACAGUUUUAUUUUGGCCUACUAUAUUACCUGACAGAUAGUCAUAGGUAUUACAAAUGAUCAGGAGUUAUUAUACUCACACAUCACUGAAGCGAGAGAGUAAUCAAGAAAAAAAUGGUUGUUAAAAACACUCUAAAAUAUUAAAAAAAGGAAAGAAGAGGUGUCCAGUGAUAGCAUUUUCAAGAUAUGUUUGAAGAUAUUGUGUGAUAAAUGGUGAUAUGGCUUGGUCUGAUUAUUUCGCAAAUGUAAAUUAGGAAUACCAGUUACAGAACACGAUAUUCUUCGGAUGUUUUGAGGUGAUAAAUCAAUAGACUUACUUAUGGACGACACUCUACAUGAGUGUUUCAAAAGUUUAACAUCUAUAAAGGAAAGCAAAAUGUUGUACUUAACCAAACUGUUGAGGACCAAAUGAGUUGAAACACAUUCCAUGGCUUCUGCUGUUGCCCCAUCGAUUAGUCUUGAUCGUUUGUGCAACAGAAACAGUGAAUUUUUUUUUACACGGCACAUUACAUUGUUCCAAAAAAAGGGAAAUGAGGAUAAGACAACUGACCUUCUCCAGUAUUGCUUCAUUAUUAACUGGAUAUGUUUAGAUAUACUUUAAAAAUUUAUUAGACCUGCUUUAAGUUGUUUAUCUCAUCUGGAUGCCUUUCCCUCUCCUAAAAAAGCAUUUCUUCUAUUUGUCCCUUUACCACAAGGAAACUGUCGGAUAAUUGUUUUUUUUGCAGGGUGCUGGUGUUGUGUUUCUCUCUCCUAACAUAUUUCAUUCCUCAAGUCUUCGCGGGUUCAUUAAAUAUUCUACUUUGCAUCCGAUCAGUUUUCCCCUUCCACCUGAAUUCUUCUAUACAAGAGUCCUUUUUUUUUGAAUUAAUUGUCUAUAGCUUUCAGGACACUCAACUAUCAUGAUUUUGAUUUUGCUAAUUUUCAACUAACCGUGAGCGAAUUCCAUCAUUUAAAAAAUCACUCUCUUAUCUCCUUUGACCUAGCAAUCCCACCUUUUUGUUUUGUUUUUAUUUCAUUCCUGGUUUUAUUGUUCUUUUAAAAGGUUAAUUUGCCUUUAUGUUUAAACGUGUCUUUUUUAGGCUUCUUUAUGCUUCGUUGCUUUUAUUUAUUAUGUGAUUACAAAAUUAUUGAUCAACGCUUUAUAGAAUUUCGUGUCUUUUCCCACUUUUUCAUUGCAAUUGGUUUGUAAGAUAGACAGUUAAUUCAAUGUAUACUUCUGUUGUUAUAACGCCUAAACUAUAAUAAGCAUUUUGGAAAGCCUUUUAUAUUCAUGUGCCUACAAGCCUCAUGUACAUUCUGGGUGUGAAAAUUUGUCACAUAUACAUACAUACACAAAAACAAGAGUUGAAUCCAAGCUACAAUACGGUGAAUAAAAGAGU